AUGAAGGCGGUCGUUAUCACAGACGACCAUAAAGCGGUAGUCAAGGACCACCCUGUCCCACCUGUCGGAGACGACGACGUGCUGAUCAAAACUGUGGCAGUCGCGCAAAAUCCCACCGACUGGAAGCAUGUCGACUUCAUAGGAACGCCGGGCAGUAUCAACGGCUGCGACUUUUCCGGGCAUGUUGUAAAGGUUGGCAAGAACGUCUCUACCCCGAAAGUGGGCGACCACGUCGCUGGGUUCGUACAUGGGUCUGCCUUCACGGACGAGGGAGCCUUUGCGGAGUACGUCAAGACACCAGCGAACCUCGUUUGGGUCGUGCCGGAGAACACGCUCUCCCAUGAGGAGGCGGCCACUUUUGGCUGCGCGUUCUGGACCGCUGUACAGGCGCUGUAUCACCCCACUCGACUCGGCUUGGUUGAGCCUCCCGCAAGAGCUCCCAAGGCGGAGUGGGUGCUAGUGUACGGUGGAAGCUCUGCCGUUGGCCAAUUCGCCAUUCAGCUGCUCCGCCUCUCCGGGUACAAAGUCGUGACAACCGCCUCACCUCGCAACUUCGAGCUCGUGAGGUCCCUCGGGGCAGACGCGGUCUUCGACUACAAGGAUCCCGAGGUCGUGUCCAAGAUCAAGGCCGCUACUGGGGAUUCAGUCUCCGUCGCCUUGGACACCAUCUCCGAGAACGGCUCGCAAACCAUCAGUGCGGAGUCCCUCGGUCCGUCUGGCGGUAAGGUUGUUCUCGUCCUUACACAGGAUCCCAACGCCACGAGCAGGAAAGACGUUCAGUUCAAGGAAACCCUCAUCUACACCGCUCUCGGGCGUGGCUUCCCCUGGCCGAUCAACAAUCAUCACUUCGACGUAUCGCACGAGGACACCGCGCACAUGGUAGCGUUCCUGGAGAAGGUGCCGCAGCUCGUGAAGGACGGUGGCGUGAAAUCCCUCCCCGUCAAGCUCUGGGAAGGGGGGCUGCCCGCUAUCCCAGAUGGCCUGCAGUAUAUGCGGGAGGGUAAAGUCAGCGCGCAGAAAAUAGUCUACAAGAUUUGAGCUACUGGGGGAGUAGAUGUCGUCCAACACGAUGCUACGCUUACAUAGGCAGCGACUCAGACGCUAGUGUGUACAUAUCUGUAAUUAGCUUCAUCAUCUGGUUGUAGGAGCAACGCUCUUGCGACGAAUGACGGCCUAUUAGUAGUCAUACGGCAAUGCACAUCAGCUACACACAUCCUUCCCAGAUAGUGACGUAGAGUAUCAUUCGCUUCAAUAUCGUGUAUUAUAUGCCGAAUGUUGC